UCUUCUCUGUCCCUGUUAUCACCUGUUAUCCAGACCGGUGUGCCCCCCGACCCUUGUUUUUCCACACUCAGAGCGGACCAUGGACGUAAAAGACGAGCAGCAAGAUGAUUCUUCUUUCAGCACAGAGACGAACGGUAAGCGUCCCGCUGAGGAUGCAGAUCAACAGAAAUCAUUUAAGCGCUCCAGGAGCUCGGACGAGAUGAUUGAGCUCCGCAUUCUUCUGCAGAGCAAAAAUGCAGGAGCUGUAAUCGGGAAAGCUGGCAAAAACAUCAAAGCGCUGCGUUCAGAUUACAAUGCCAGUGUGUCAGUCCCAGACAGCAGUGGGCCCGAGCGCAUCCUGUGCAUCUGCGCUGACAUAGACACCAUCGGUGAGAUCCUGCUCAAGAUCAUCCCCACGCUGGAGGAGUACCAGCAAUACAAUGGCAUGGAUUUUGAGUGUGAUCUGCGUCUGCUGAUCCACCAGAGCCUGGCUGGCUCCAUCAUUGGGGUGAAGGGAGCCAAGAUUAAGGAGCUCAGAGAGUAUACAAAGACCAGUAUCAAGCUGUAUCAGGAUUGUUGUCCUCAGUCGACUGACCGCGUUGUGCUGGUCGGCGGUAAAAUGGAGCGCGUGGUUGAAUGUAUCAAGACCAUGCUGGAGGUCAUCGCUGCCGCUCCUAUCAAGGGCCGUUCACAGCCAUACGAUCCCAAUUUCUACGACGAGACCUACGAAUAUGGAGGGUUCACCAUGGCGUUUGAGGAGAGGGGCAGCAGCAGCCGCCGACUAAUGAGCAACUUCCCCAUGCGAGGAAGCAGGCCAAGCGCCGGUGACCGUGGCUACGAUCGAAUGUCCUCCAGCAGGUCGAUGCGGGGACCACUGCCCUCCUCUCGCAGGGAUUACGACGACAUUAGCCCCCGGCGGGGCCCUCCCCCGCACCACCAGAGCAGGAACCGCGGCCACACUAUGUCCAUGGGUCGCUCACACAGAGGCGGAGAUGAUCGUUACUAUGAGUCUUACCGUGGCACAGAUGAAAGGUCAAAUGACAGAAGAGGUAGACCGGAUCGCUACAGCGACAACAUGAGUGGAGGAGGAUAUGACAACAGCUCAUCCUGGGAUAACUACCAGUCAGGUGGUCGGGGCUCCUACAAUGACCCAGUCAUCACCACACAAGUGACCAUCCCUAAAGACCUGGCGGGCUCCAUCAUCGGCAAGGGUGGCCAGCGGAUCAAGCAGAUCCGCCAUGAUUCCGGCGCGUCCAUCAAGAUCGAUGAGCCUCUGGAGGGCUCAGAGGACCGCAUCAUUACUAUUGUGGGCACCCAGGAUCAGAUCCAGAAUGCCCAGUACCUUCUACAAAACAGUGUGAAGCAGUUCUCUGGUCAAUUGCUGUAGACACCCCCCCAGGAUUGACUCGAGCAGAUUGCCCCCUCCCCAUUGCCCCUUCCCCUUCCUCAUUCACAGCCCUCUCAGACAAUUAAUCUGGAUUGUGGGUACUUUUGGGCUAUUUUAUUUUUAUAUUUUUAAUGCGAUAUUCAACAUUCCUGUGCUUCAAAGAUGUUCUAUUCUUUGAGAGAAAAAAUUGGGAGGGUUUUUUUUUUUGGUUUACCCAGUUACUGUUCAAAAUACACUUAAAAAAGGCCUCAUUUCUCCCAGCAAAUGAUAAUAACCUUAUUUGUGAUGCUUGUUUUUUUUUGUGUGUCGUGCAGACUUGCACGUCCCAUUAUUGCUUGAAAUCAUCCACAAUGUAAGAUAACUUGUUCCUGUUGACAGUUUUGAGGGGUGUUGGGACAUGUAAAGGGACACACUGGCUAAUCUAGCAGAAUAAUCAUAGGUGUUGUCGUGUGUGUUGUAUUCAAUAGUUUCCAGUUGGAUAGCUGCAAGAUUUUUUGUUUGGAAAUUGAAUUGAAAAAUAAAACAAAACCCACAUGUCUGUGCUCUUGACCACAGUCAGUUGAUGUCCAUCCUGUAAAAUGUUUUGUUAAGUUGUAAAAUGAUUAAAGUUGCCAAUUUUUACUCA